CAACCAACCAACUAGCAUUUGCAAAAAAACAUUACUUUUUGUCCAAACAAACUACCUUCUAUUUCUUAUCAAGAGACAAAGAUGAGUGUAGAAAUUUUAGAUGGUGCUACCAUUGUCCACUUCCUUGAAGAUGAAGAAGCAUUUAAUAACACGGUAGGCAAUCGGUUUGCUCGCCUCGACACAAAUAAUGAUGGUCUUCUGUCUUAUGACGAGAUGUUGAAAGAGCUCCAAGGUCUGAGGGUUUUCGAAACACAUUUUGGUAUUGAUGUUGAGCCGGAUCCAGAUGAGCUUGCUCGUGUUUAUGCGUCCUUGUUCAUACAAUUCGAUCACAAUUUAAAUGGCACGGUUGAUCUGGAAGAAUUCAAGACAGAAACAAAGCAGAUGAUGCUUGCGAUGGCGGAUGGAAUGGGUUUCAUGCCGAUUCAAAUGGUGUUGGAAGAAGACAGCAUCCUCAAGAAAGCAGUUGAAACAGAGUACAAUAAAGUCUCAGCUUAAGUGCUACUCUCAUGCCUAUGAUUUAACAAAUUCUGCAAGUAGUGUAUAACAUUUUGGUUUUUGUUAUGAUUGUUGUUUUGUUAUGGAUUUCAAAUGCAUUCAUGAAAUAAUUAAUUUGAGCUUUUACA